UUCGGAUAUCAGACCACAGCUAGCAUUUAUCCUGAGAUGAGCAGCCCUUAGCCAGUCAACAUGAAAGUGUCGUGGGUGACUGCUGUCUGGUGCGCCAUGUUGGGCUUGGCCCUGUCCAGCCCCGUACCUCAGCCAGACCCUCAAGGAUUCUUCCCUGGCCAAGGAUUCUUCCCUGGACGAGGCUGUCGAACUCGACGUCGUUGUAACUUUCGUAGUGGCUUUGGAGAUGGCUUCGGUAAUACCUUCGGUGGGUUUGAAGAUUAUCUCUUUGGAAUUGGUUUUGGCGGUCCUGGCUUUGGUAUAUUUGACCAGGGCUUACGACGGCCCUUUGGUACUGGUCUGGGACGGCCCUUUGCUGAUGUCGGUGCUGGACGACGUGGAACUGGUGUAGGUUUGGGUGUUGGGCAACGUGGUAGGCCUACUGGUGCGAGUCGACCUUUUGCUAAUGGUGUGGGUCUCAAUCUUGGGCAACGAGGUAGGCCCACUAUUGUGGGACGACCAGGUGCAGGACGACCAGGUGUUGGUGUGGGACGACCAGGUGUUGGUGUGGGACGACCAGGUGCUAGUCAUGGACGACCAGGUGCUGGUGUGGGACGACCAAGUGCAAGUGUGGGACGACCAAGUGCAAGUGUGGGACGACCAAGUGCAAGUGUGGGAGUCGGAGGUCGUGGCGGAGGUGGUGCGGGCAUUGGUGGUGGCGGAGGUCACCGUGGCUAGUGUGCUAGGCUUCCCACCAUUGGUACUACAUUGUUUCAGAAAAUGGAACACACGCCUAAUUGUUAUUUAUAUUUAUUUAAUACUUUUAAGGGCGUUUUUGUAAUAAAACCGAGCUAAAUC